AUGUAUCCUGAAGAACCCCUCGAUCUCUCCCCCUCAGAGGGCGGAGGCUACUUCUCCGCCAAAAUGGGUCAAAAACUCAACGGUGGAAAGUUCCAAAUUGUCCGCAAGCUGGGGUAUGGCUCUCGAUCAUCUACAUGGCUUGUCCGGGGCAAAGACAACUACUUCGCGAUCAAGAUCUACACUAUCGCCGCCUCAGAGCAUGCGAAGACCGUGGAAGUCCCAUCCUCAAGGGGCGGACCCGUUCCAGUCUACCACACCGACUUCUGGGAGGGAACCCGAGCUGGCUCACAUCUCUGUCUUGUCUUAGAUCCAAUGAGCACCACCGUCCAAGCACUGAUGCAUGAGGCGGAUCACGAGCGUCUGCCUGUCCAUGCCAUUCAGCGCAUCGUCGCAACCGUCGCCGAGGCACUAGAUUCCCUGCAUAAGGUUGGUAUCAUGCACGGAGCUGUUAAGCCUGAAAAUGUUUACUUCUGGCGCCUUGCAUAUGGAACUGAAGAUAUCAAGUCUGUCCUCGAUUCGGAACCGCGACCGACCAUUAGAAAAAACAAGAUAUACUUGGUUGUGAUAAUCUCGCUCAUGGGUGUAAUUGGAACGAUAAGAAGAAAAAGGUUGCGAAUUGGAGCCUUUAUCUCAGUGGUUUCGGACAUGUGCCGCAAUCACGAGCCCAGUGGACAUAAUGGCUAA